UUACCUCCACAAGAAUGCAUAAAGUCCUUUUUACCGCAACUUUUCGCCGUCGCUGAGUUUGUCCAGCCAAUCACAUCCAGGGAGCAAUGAUGCAUAUGUGUGACGUCACGUUGUCUAUAAAAGAGCAAAGCAACAUUUGCCGCACAUCAUUUUGUUCUCGCACGUACGGCACAUUGCAAGCCCGCUGUGUAAGCAACAAAUUCUCUGAUUUUCUCCAAAUUUCUCACAAGUUUCCAGUGAAAAACUCUCAAUUAAAUCAACAUGCGUGAGUGUAUCUCAGUUCAUGUGGGUCAGGCUGGAGUGCAGAUCGGCAAUGCUUGCUGGGAGCUGUACUGCCUCGAGCACGGAAUCCAACCCGACGGCCAGAUGCCAUCGGAUAAGACGGUGGGUGGGGGCGAUGACUCCUUCAACACCUUCUUCAGCGAGACAGGGGCCGGGAAGCACGUCCCACGCGCUGUGUUCGUCGACCUGGAGCCCACUGUGGUGGAUGAAGUGCGCACCGGGACGUACAGGCAGCUCUUCCACCCGGAACAGCUGAUCACGGGCAAGGAGGAUGCCGCCAACAACUACGCCCGCGGGCACUACACCAUCGGCAAGGAGAUUGUCGACCUGGUGCUGGAUCGCAUCCGGAAGCUGGCCGAUCAGUGCACCGGACUGCAGGGUUUCCUCAUCUUCCACUCCUUCGGCGGUGGCACCGGCUCUGGGUUCACCUCCCUCCUCAUGGAGCGCCUCUCCGUGGACUACGGCAAGAAGUCCAAGCUGGAGUUUGCCAUCUACCCAGCCCCGCAGGUCAGCACGGCCGUCGUGGAGCCCUACAACUCCAUCCUCACCACCCACACCACCCUUGAGCACUCUGACUGUGCCUUCAUGGUGGACAAUGAGGCCAUCUACGACAUCUGCCGCCGCAAUUUGGACAUUGAGCGCCCCACCUACACCAAUCUCAAUCGCUUGAUUGGUCAGAUUGUCUCCUCCAUCACGGCCAGUUUGCGCUUCGACGGUGCUCUCAAUGUGGAUCUCACGGAGUUCCAGACCAACUUGGUGCCCUACCCACGCAUUCAUUUCCCCCUCGUGACGUAUGCGCCGGUGAUUAGCGCCGAGAAGGCCUACCACGAGCAACUGAGCGUGGCCGAGAUCACGAACGCGUGCUUUGAGCCCGCCAAUCAGAUGGUCAAGUGCGAUCCGCGUCACGGCAAGUACAUGGCGUGCUGCAUGCUGUACCGCGGGGACGUCGUGCCCAAGGAUGUGAAUGCUGCCAUCGCCACCAUCAAGACCAAGCGCACCAUCCAGUUCGUCGAUUGGUGCCCCACCGGCUUCAAGGUCGGCAUCAACUACCAACCACCCACUGUCGUGCCCGGCGGCGAUCUGGCCAAGGUGCAGCGUGCUGUCUGCAUGUUGUCCAACACCACCGCCAUCGCCGAGGCAUGGGCUCGUCUUGACCACAAGUUCGAUCUCAUGUACGCCAAGCGCGCCUUCGUGCACUGGUACGUCGGCGAGGGCAUGGAGGAGGGAGAAUUCUCCGAGGCGCGUGAGGAUUUGGCUGCCCUCGAGAAGGACUACGAGGAGGUCGGCAUGGAUUCCGGCGAGGGAGAGAACGAGGGGGCUGAGGAGUAUUAAAUGCUCUCUUUAAAUCACACAUUUCCGCUUUUUUCACCUUGUCCGUGAAAAUAGAAAUUCAAUAAAUGGAAAUUCCUGCAAUUAAA